AUUUCCCAGUGAGUUUCACAAAGCAAUACUACUGUUGGAAUAGUGUUAUGCACAACUGAAACAUCUCUGUGUUUCUACGCAUGUAGGCAUGGGUUUUAACUUAAGUAUUGUUUAUUCAUUUAAAAACGUUCGUGGAAUUGUAGAUGGUUUCCUAAGUUAGAAUAAGUGUGUAUAUUAUUACUAGUUAAUAAUUGAAGCCUUCUACUACUACAACUUACAACUGUAAUCUGUACUACUUUACAAGCUCAAACUCUAACUUCAACUUUUGAAGUUCUACGUGACUUAAAGUCUUAAGUUAAUUAAUGUUUUACUUUUAUUAAGUCCUGCUAGUACUAGUUUUACUAACUUGUAGGACGUUUAAAAUAUAUUAUAAACCUUACUCUUUCGUUGGUGUCCUAACGUUAUUUGAUAAAAAUGGGAAGCAAGAAACAUAAGAAACAUCAGAAAAAGGAAGUUCCUGCAUUUCAUGAAGAUAGAGUGGAAAAGCCAUUGAAACUAGUCUUAAAGGUUGGUGGAAGUAACAGUGUGCAUGCAACCACUGCACCUCCACCCUUACCAGAAACACCACCUCAUCUUUCUCCUCAACCACCACAACUUCAACCGGAACAACCAUUUUUUCAUUCAUUUAAACAAGACUAUGAAGAGUCUUCCACAACAAAGCAUAAAAAAUCAAAAAAGAAGAAGAAAAAAAAGUCUACUGAUCGGGAAAAGCAUGAAAGAAAACAUAGACAUCAUCACCACGGUCACCAUCAUCACCAUCACCACCACCAUCACAGAUGUCAGCCACACUGUCAUCAACAUGAAAGAGUCAGAGAAGAAAAAGCUGAAGUAAUUGCUCAGACUGAGGAUGAUGCAACUACUCAUGAACCUCCAACAAAAAGACAGAUUGUGGAUGACACAUCAUUUGCAGAACAGUCAUUUAGAGAACCUCGAUCAUGUAGAGUCAAGAAAAAGUCAAGUAAAACACCCCUUCAACUCCUUCUCCAGUACUUGCUGAAAAUUUUUCAGAAGAGAGACCCCAAUCAGUUUUUUGCUUGGCCUGUGAGUGAUGUUAUAGCACCUGGUUACUCGAGCAUCAUUCAACAUCCAAUGGACUUCAGUACAAUGAAGAAGAAAAUUGACAAUAAAGAUUACUUAUCUGUCAUGGACUUUAAGAUGGAUUUGAAGCUCAUGUGUGACAAUGCCAUGACUUACAACAGACCUGAUACUGUCUAUUAUAAAGCAGCUAAAAAAAUGUGGCAUGCUGGACUAAAACUUCUAACUAAGGACCAAAUUCUUGGACUUAAUCUUCCAUACUUGAAUGAACUAACAAUGGAAGAGAUUGGCUUUGAUAUACGAGAUCUACCAUCAGAGAUUCAAGAAACAUCUCAACUUGGGGAAGAAAGUAACUACUCAGGACCAAUACUAAUAGAUAAUAAGAAAUCCAAAUAUAGGGGAAGCAGUGCUCCAGAACCAGAAAUACCAGGUGAUGACAUGAGUCCUGAAGAAAUUUUGGCAAUGGCUCAAAAAGCUGCUAAAGCUGCAGCAGAUAGACUUACCUUGGAAUGUCCUAACAGCAAGUUUGGCUUUUUGAGACAGAAGAGUGAUGGAAGUACAACUCUUGCUAUACUUAAUCCAGAUGGAGAUGCUACAGCAGCUUCCAAAGAAAUGAAAGUAAAUCUUGAAAUGUUGACUGGCCGUCUUUCUCAAGGCACAGGUACAAUUUUAGGUUUUAAAGAAGACGUCAAGAAUAUAGUUAAACCAGUCUCUUAUUUGAACUAUGGAAACUAUAGCUCAUAUGCUCCUCAGUAUGACUCAACAUUUGCUAAUCUAAGUAAAGAAGAAUCUGACCUGCUGUACUCUACUUAUGGUGAUGACCUUGGAGUCCAGUAUGCUCAUAGCUUGAGAGGUUUUGCUCAAGACUGUGACUAUGUGAUGACAAUGGUGGAUAAUCUUUUGGACACGUUAACUGGUGGACAACACUCUGAAACUGUUAAAAUUUUAAAUGAAAAGCAGAAAAUAAAAGAAGAGGAUGAGAGGAUGCUUAAAGUGAGUAAAGUGUUGAACCAGACAAACAAUAUUAGUGAGUGGACAUUCUCUUUAGAAAACGAUUCUUCAGGAUUUGGAGAACGUGCAUCCCCUACUGACAAACAUGAAGAUAAUACCCAAAGAAUAUUAGAUUCUUCUUUACUGGAAUUGGGUGAUGGACAAAGACAAGAACAAAGCAACAAAGGCAGCUACCAGAAAAUUCAGCACAAAUUAAAUGAGACUUGUGGCUUACUCCAAGAUUUAGCCAAAGUUCAGCACCAACGACUGAGUGCCUCUCCACCACCUCAUUUAUCUCAUGUGUCUGGUCCCACUACUAUUGAACAUGAACUUGCUGAUAAGGUUCGAAAAAAGUUGACUGACCUAACAUCUCAGGUUAGUCCAGGCUCAUUAGUUUGUGUUGAUAGCGUAAGGAAAGCGUUAGGCAUAACUGCCACCACCACAUCUUCAACCAGUGCAACACCGGCUUCUUCUCCUGCACAAGGCACAAGCAGAGCAGAUGAGGAACUUCCUUGUAAUCAUGAAGGCGACUUUAUCACAAGCAAUUCACCAUCACAUAUGUGUAGUGAAGAGAUUAAUGAGCAGCCAGUCCUUGACCAAGAUCUUCAAAAUUUCCUUGAAACUGGUCCUCUGUUACACAUCUGUGCUUCUCCUACUGCAAAUUGAUCCAAAACUCUCAAGCAUCUGGAUAAUAUUUCUUUCAGUGGAUGUGACUAUUACAAUAAACAUUGUAUGUUGAAGUAUAAUUUUCUUGUGUGUAUGUGUUGUAACGGAUUUAUUAUUUUUUGUUAUUGUGUAUAUAGUUGUCGGCAAAUGGGUGUGUUUAAGAAAUAGUCUAUUUGGUGUUUCAAAUAUAGAGAAUUUCUUUUAGUAAGCCACUAAAUAUUCUAGUAUAUAACAAUAAAGUACAGUCAGAGUAAGUUAUGUACUUAGAGGGAAACUAAAAAUCAACCUGGUUGUCACUCUAGCCAAUUAAAUAUACUUUUAUUACGUUUCUGUUUAUAAAGAUUAGAAUACAUUAUCUCAUCACUUGAGUACCCUGGCUGAUUACGAGGUUUGGCCAGCUUAGGAGAUUUAGGUCAGUCAUAAAUACAAUUCUAAGCUAACAAGGUAAAACAGUCUGCAUAAUUUAAGUAUACUAAUGAAUGAUAAAUGAAAAUAGAAAGUAAUGAUAUUUAAAACUAACUACUAUAAACAACAUUAUUAAUGAAAGCAAUAAGAAAUAGAUAAAAUAACAUACCUUACUAAGGGGAUCCACAACCACUAAAGUGGUUAAUGUAUAUUUCUUUGGUAAAUUCCUCUCUGUAACACCACCUUUCACCAAAGAAAACUUACUAACAUGUCCUCUAUAUAACUUAAGUGACAGUUAAUUACCAUAUGAUUUAGUUUAAAACAUGUGUUGGUAUAGCAUCAACUUUCCCACAGCACAGAAAUCAAAGUUUAAGAAGAUACAAAACUUGACCACUACAAUAAAUCAACGUUAACUGUAAUAAGAAGAAAACAACUAGUUAAACUUCAUAUGUGGUUUGUCUAAAAUUUUUUACUACCAGUUAUACUUGACAAAUAUUUAGAGAAGGCUGAAAGAAGUAAUAUAUUAUGUUCAAUCUUUUCUAAAAGCCAAAAAGAAAAUAUUAAAGUUCUAUAAAAAUAAUAAAUUAGUUGAUAUUAACUAUAUUCAAUAAAUGAUAAAACAUCUGAUGGUCGAUACACUAAAGCUGUUUACUUUUACACCAAAUAACAUCCUAACAUCAAAGUGUACACGUGAAAUUUUUUGAGAGGUUGAGAUUCUGUAUAGAACCUCUAAACCCAUAGUUAUUAGCAAGGAUAUUGUUGAAUUUUUCACAGAAUUGAGUGAAUUUUGUGUUUAAUUUUCACAAAUAGAAACCUCGAUUAUGAAAAAUGCGAGAGUUUAUAAUCUUUAUUCAACAUAUCUUGGAAUGAUGAACAAAUCCUAUUGUAUCUAACUCACUGGGAGUAGGAAACAUUUCAACAUAACUUAUUUGGAAUAUUCGUUUUUGGGAAUGGAAAGUUUAUAACUUCAAAUUUGAAAGUGACCAUUUUAUUAAAAACCUUAAAGUUAAUUAAUGAUGCUGAUAUUCAAGUCUAAAUAGUUUGCUUCGUUUCUAUUGGAAGAGCGUUUUCCAGCGUGAGCUCUGGCGGAUAGGUUUGUAAGGAUGUGUGUAGAAAACCUUGAUAAUUUGGAGUAUGAAUAUCCAUCAAAGUUUGCAUAUUCUUUUUGGGCUCUGUGAAAUUAUAAAAAAAAUUUAUAUAAAGAUAUUUAUUACAUCUUCUGAAUAUCACUAGGACUCGGACACAGUAUGAAAGAGGUUUAGAAAUUUAACUAAGAAAUAAAAACAUCUUAUGAAAAUUUUCAUUUUCCCAGAAAUUAUAAAUUGUGUAAUAGAACCUCGAUACUUAAAAGAGUAAAUAUAUACUUGUAUCCGGUUUUUGUUGUUGUUUAGACUCUGCCUUUGUAACACGCUUGUUUAUCCGCAAUAAAAAACAAACUGUAAA